AUGGGUGAGCUGACGGAAGGGGGGUUGGUCUGUCACUCUUGCUGGUCCACGGAGAGGGACUGGGAUCUUGCCUCUCGCAGUCGCAAGUGUGAUGGACAACAACCUUGUCAUCGCUGUCAACUCUGGAAUAUCGAAUGCAUCUUCGAAGACCGCGACAAAGAGUCCAAAAGCCAACUACGACAGAUUCGAGACAAUCUUCUCCAACAAGCAAAGGAUGUUCAGACUGUCAUCGAGGUCCUGAGAUCGGAGGAAUACGCUCACCAGGCCAUACAGUCAUUAUGGCGACAAGAAGAUCUUUCAAAGAUUGCUACCGACUUCGAGAAUGGCUCCUGGGAUACCGGCGCGUCGACUCCCUCAUCCAAACAGAAAGGUCACGUCUCGAAACUCCUCGCACGAAAUCACUCCUCAGCCAGUGACCUCGAUCCCGUUGAUAGUCCUCGCGAAACUCGACCAUGGAUUCCGACACUCGACAAACUCUCCAACCCCGACCAAGGCAAGCGCUCAGGCGUCACGCGAAAGGAGGGCCCAGAAAGAGCUGCCGAGAUUGCCCUCGAGAUGGCUCAAAGCCAAUGGGACCUGACUGUGGUGGAAACUGGUGACCUUCAGAAGCUGCUGUACACUUUCUUCGACGCGCAGUGUUUCCCCCUCUUCACGAUUGACCGACAACUGUUCACCGAUGAUUUCAUGGCGAACCGAAACGAGCACUGCUCACCAGCCCUCUUACGCGCCAUACUCGCUCUGGCGUGCAGAAUCGAAGGCGGCUACGACGCGCUCGAGUCCCACUAUGUCAACCUCGGCGAUCGCAUGUUCCACGAGUCGAGGGCCCUCCUGGCAGCCGGGGGCCCAUCUCGCUUCAGUCUGCCCAAUGCACAGGCAUUUGGAUUGCUUGCAAUCCAUGAACUAGCCCGUUACAACCAACAAGAUACAUUGGAUCUGAUGGAAGAGGGUGUGAUUGCUCGCAUAGCUUGCUCGUCUAUCAAUCCUCCCAAUACCGACGGCACGCGGCGAGAACGAAGUGCUCUUCGUGGUCCCAGAGUGGAAAUAUCCAGUCUCCUCGACAUCUCCGGCGCCCUCGACGAGCUAGACGAUCUCGACAUAUUCGAAGAAACCUUCGCACAGGUGAUCGACGCGGUAUACACCUUCUCUCGCAAUUCAAGAACAAAGGAUCAGAAGGACGACCGGAAGACUUUGAUGCAAACUUACACAACGUGCCUCGAGUGGUAUUCCAAGAUCACCGGAGCGCUGGAUUUUGGGACUCUGGACCGAUCUGUCAUCAUUUUCACGCACCUCGUGUAUCACUUCUGCCUGCUGAACCUCUUCCGCCCCUAUUGCGACUCGACCCUCGCCGAAACAAACAUCGACCUCCAAGAGAUCCGGAACGAAUCCGCUUCUGCCAUUGUCGCCCUCUGCAAGACAUUGCACGAUUUGAUUCCUCAAAAGCGCUGGCAUUGUUUCCUGGCCCUGUUUGUCUAUGCAGCUGGCCACACAAUGGUACCCACGCGAGCCAUGCCAGAGCUGACGGCUGGCGACAGCUUCGAGAGCAGAAGCACGCAAAAAAGUACAUUUUCCACAGUCCCUUCCAUCCUUUUCACUCCCUCAGCAAAGUCAGGCACACUGUCCACCGGCAUGACGACGCCGGUGGCAGUGACUGACGACUUGACAGUACCAUCUGCCACGAGUGACUUGGAUGCACCGGAUGGAAAGGCACCUCCUUAUGCAUUGAAGACAUUCGACAUUGGAGAGGCUCUGUCCUGUCUGGGAAAGAUGAAGAAGAUCUUUCCCGUGGCCAGAAUAACAGAAUGCUGGUUGAUCGAGAUAAGAGGCACCGACGGUACUCAAGAAGCUUGA